AUGAGUGUGGGUAAAUUGUCGUCCAAGCGACUCCAUUACUGCCCUGUCCACAAGGCGGAAGUUCUGAAGCUGUACUGCGAGACGUGCGAGAAGGUUGUUUGUCGUGACUGCACCUUAGUCGAGCAUCGCCAGCACAACUACAAGUUUAUCCAAGACGCUCGCAAUCAGAUUGAUGGAGAAAUGCGGUCUCUAAAGUCUGACGUUGAACGGAAGUUUGCCAUCUUUCGACACGAUCUGCAGGAGAUCAAGAGGGUCGAAACUGCCACAACUGGCCAUCCGGAAGUCGUAAAAGCCGAUAUAAAUUGUUUUUUUGAUAACCUUGUUCAUGCAAUUGAAGCAAGGCGCUCCUUUCUUUUGAAACAAGCCGAGGCUGUUUGUCAAAAAGACUUUAAACAGGUCUGCGCAGACAAGUUGUUUCACGAAGUGACCAUUUCACAUAUUUCGGCUGUGUUUGGCCUUGUCAACAAAGCUCUCAAAUGUAUCAACGAUACUGAAAUGGUUCUAACAGCCCUUCAGAGUAUUAAUCAGCUCCGAAUAAUUGCGGGACGAGAGUGGGAAAAUAGCGAUUUUGCUAAUGUUGUAUUAUUUACACCUGUAUUUGAAUUUCAAAAGGAGACGUUGACUGUAGGUGAAAUUGGGGGUAUUGGUUUUAGGGUUGCAGAUUCGAAAGGUCUAGAGAUGGUUAACCCGUCCGGGUGUGUGCGUUUGAAUGCGAGCUAUGUUUUCAAAGUGUCGUGUGAUACAGCCGAAGGUCCUCUCGUUGAUGGCAGGACGGGAAGAGAAGUUUCUCUGCAUCAGGCAAACACCCUGCACUAA